GUCCAGGGGCAAGUUCAUCCCACUCUUGAGUCAAAUGAUGAUGCUCUUCAAUAUGUUGAAGAAUUAAUUUUGCAGUUAUUAAAUAUGCUGUGCCAGGCUCAGCCCCGAAGUGCUUCAGAUGUAGAGGAACGUGUUCAAAAAAGUUUCCCUCAUCCAAUUGAUAAGUGGGCAAUAGCUGAUGCCCAAUCAGCUAUUGAAAAGAGAAAGCGAAGAAACCCUUUAUCUCUUCCAGUAGAAAAAAUUCAUCCUUUAUUAAAGGAGGUCCUAGGUUAUAAAAUUGACCACCAGGUUUCUGUUUACAUAGUAGCAGUAUUAGAAUAUAUCUCUGCAGACAUUUUGAAGCUGGUGGGGAAUUAUGUAAGAAACAUACGCCAUUAUGAAAUUACAAAACAAGACAUUAAAGUGGCAAUGUGUGCUGAUAAGGUAUUGAUGGAUAUGUUUCAUCAAGAUGUGGAAGAUAUAAAUAUAUUAUCUUUAACGGAUGAAGAACCUUCCACCUCAGGAGAACAAACUUACUAUGAUUUGGUAAAAGCAUUUAUGGCAGAAAUUCGACAAUAUAUAAGGGAAUUAAAUCUAAUUAUAAAAGUUUUUAGAGAGCCUUUUGUCUCCAAUUCCAAAUUGUUUUCAGCUAAUGAUGUUGAAAAUAUAUUUAGUCGAAUAGUAGAUAUUCAUGAACUUAGUGUAAAGUUACUGGGCCAUAUAGAAGACACUGUAGAAAUGACAGAUGAAGGCAGUCCCCAUCCCUUAGUAGGAAGCUGCUUUGAAGACUUAGCAGAGGAACUGGCAUUUGAUCCAUACGAAUCGUAUGCUCGAGAUAUUUUACGACCUGGUUUUCAUGAUCAUUUCCUUAGUCAGUUAUCAAAGCCUGGGGCAGCACUUUAUUUGCAGUCAAUAGGCGAAGGUUUCAAAGAAGCUGUUCAGUAUGUUUUACCCAGGCUCCUUCUAGCUCCUGUUUACCACUGUCUGCAUUACUUUGAACUUUUGAAGCAGUUAGAGGAAAAAAGUGAAGAUCAAGAAGACAAGGAAUGUUUGAAGCAAGCAAUAACAGCUUUGCUUAAUGUUCAAAGUGGUAUGGAAAAAAUAUGUUCUAAAAGUCUUGCAAAACGAAGACUGAGUGAAUCUGCAUGUCGGUUUUAUAGUCAGCAAAUGAAGGGGAAACAACUAGCAAUCAAAAAAAUGAACGAGAUUCAGAAGAAUAUUGAUGGUUGGGAGGGAAAAGAUAUCGGACAGUGUUGCAAUGAGUUUAUAAUGGAAGGGACUCUUACACGUGUAGGAGCCAAGCAUGAGAGACACAUAUUUCUUUUUGAUGGCUUAAUGAUUUGCUGUAAAUCAAAUCAUGGGCAGCCAAGACUUCCUGGUGCUAGCAAUGCAGAAUAUCGUCUUAAAGAAAAGUUUUUUAUGCGAAAGGUACAAAUUAAUGAUAAAGAUGACACCAAUGAAUACAAACAUGCUUUUGAAAUAAUUCUAAAAGAUGAAAAUAGUGUUAUAUUUUCUGCCAAGUCAGCUGAAGAGAAAAACAACUGGAUGGCAGCACUGAUAUCUUUACAGUACCGGAGCACACUGGAGAGGAUGCUUGAUGUCACAAUGCUGCAGGAGGAGAAGGAGGAGCAGAUGAGGCUGCCCAGUGCUGAGGUGUAUAGGUUUGCAGAGCCGGAUUCGGAAGAGAAUAUUAUAUUUGAAGAGAACAUGCAGCCCAAAGCUGGGAUUCCAAUUAUCAAAGCAGGAACUGUUGUUAAACUUAUAGAGAGGCUAACAUACCAUAUGUAUGCAGAUCCCAAUUUUGUUCGGACAUUUCUUACAACGUAUAGAUCAUUUUGCAAACCUCAAGAACUACUGAGUCUUAUAAUAGAAAGGUUUGAAAUUCCAGAGCCUGAGCCAACAGAAGCUGAUCGCAUAGCUAUAGAGAAUGGAGACCAACCUUUGAGUGCAGAACUGAAGCGAUUUAGAAAAGAAUAUAUACAGCCUGUACAACUGCGAGUAUUAAAUGUAUGUCGGCACUGGGUAGAACACCACUUUUAUGAUUUUGAAAGAGAUGCAGAUCUUUUGCAACGAAUGGAGGAAUUUAUUGGAACAGUAAGAGGUAAAGCAAUGAAAAAAUGGGUUGAAUCCAUUACUAAGAUAAUCCAAAGGAAAAAAAUGGCAAGAGACAAUGGACCAGGCCAUAAUAUUACAUUUCAGAGUUCACCUCCCACAGUUGAGUGGCAUAUAAGCAGACCUGGACACACAGAGACUUUUGACCUGCUCACUUUACACCCAAUAGAAAUUGCUCGACAACUUACUUUACUUGAAUCAGAUCUGUACCGAGCGGUGCAGCCAUCAGAGUUGGUUGGAAGCGUGUGGACAAAAGAAGACAAAGAAAUUAAUUCGCCCAAUCUUCUGAAAAUGAUUCGCCACACCACUAAUCUCACUCUGUGGUUUGAGAAGUGUAUUGUAGAAACUGAAAACCUAGAAGAAAGAGUAGCUGUGGUGAGUCGGAUAAUUGAGAUUCUACAAGUCUUUCAAGAGCUGAACAACUUCAACGGUGUUCUGGAGGUUGUCAGCGCGAUGAACUCAUCACCUGUGUACAGACUAGACCACACGUUUGAGCAAAUACCCAGUCGCCAAAAGAAAAUUUUAGAGGAAGCUCAUGAAUUGAGUGAAGACCAUUAUAAGAAAUAUCUGGCAAAACUCAGGUCUAUUAAUCCACCAUGUGUGCCUUUUUUUGGAAUUUAUCUGACUAAUAUCUUGAAAACAGAAGAAGGCAAUCCUGAGGUCUUAAAAAGACAUGGAAAAGAGCUAAUAAACUUUAGCAAGAGGAGAAAAGUAGCAGAAAUAACAGGAGAGAUCCAGCAGUACCAAAAUCAGCCUUACUGUUUACGAGUAGAAUCAGAUAUCAAAAGAUUCUUUGAAAACUUGAAUCCAAUGGGAAAUAGCAUGGAGAAAGAAUUUACAGAUUAUCUUUUCAACAAAUCCCUAGAAAUAGAACCACGAAACCCUAAGCCUCUCCCAAGAUUUCCAAAAAAGUAUAGCUAUCCCCUAAAGUCUCCUGGUGUUCGUCCAUCAAACCCAAGGCCAGGUACCAUGAGGCAUCCCACACCUCUGCAGCAGGAGCCACGGAAAAUCAGUUACAGUAGGAUCCCCGAGAGUGAAACAGAAAGUACAGCAUCUGCGCCAAAUUCUCCAAGAACACCGCUAACACCUCCUCCUGCUUCCGGAGCUUCUAGUACCACAGAUGUGUGCAGUGUGUUUGAUUCAGAUCAUUCAAGCCCUUUUCACUCAAGCAGCGAUACCGUCUUUAUCCAAGUUACACUGCCCCAUGGCCCAAGAUCUGCCUCAGUGUCGUCUAUAAGUUUAACCAAGGGCACUGAUGAAGUGCCCAUCCCCCCGCCUGUUCCUCCGCGAAGACGGCCAGAAUCUGCCCCGGCUGAAUCUUCACCAUCUAAGAUUAUGUCUAAGCACCUGGACAGCCCCCCAGCCAUUCCUCCUAGGCAACCCACAUCAAAAGCGUAUUCACCACGAUACUCAAUAGCAGAUCGGACCUCUAUAUCAGACCCUCCUGAGAGCCCCCCUUUACUACCACCACGAGAACCUGUGAGGACACCUGAUGUUUUCUCAAGCUCACCACUACAUCUCCAGCCUCCCCCUUUGGGCAAAAAGAGUGACCAUGGCAAUGCUUUUUUCCCAAACAGCCCUUCCCCCUUUACACCACCUCCUCCUCAAACCCCUUCUCCUCAUGGCACAAGAAGGCAUCUGCCGUCACCACCAUUGACACAAGAAGUGGACCUCCAUUCCAUUGCUGGGCCGCCUGUUCCUCCACGACAAAGCACUUCUCAACAUAUCCCCAAACUCCCUCCAAAAACUUACAAAAGGGAGCAUACACACCCAUCCAUGCACAGAGAUGGACCACCCCUGUUGGAGAACGCCCAUUCUUCCUGAGUUCCUCUAUCCUGGGAUGUACAGUUUCCUUCCCCCCAAUCCAUUGCUGGCAAUGGAUGCACUGAGCGUGCCAGCACUGAGGAGUUAGAACUAGAGCUCCAAACACUAAUGACUCUACUUCAAGAUGCAGUAUAAGACAAUGAAUUUUAACGUAGACAUUAAUUAUAAAUUGAAAUGGUAUUCCAGUGUAGAAUAUGUAGAAAGACUGAUCUAGAAGAAUUGGCAACUGAUUGCAUCUGAAAAUCAACUGAAGGGACUUUUUCUGGCCAAUGUGCAAGAACCCUCAUUUGUGAAGUGAUCUUUCUUGCUGAAGGGAUGGAAGCAGUCUAGUGUCCAGCAGGCCCACAUGACGACAGUUUUUGUAAUUCAAAACAUUAUGCACUUUUUAAAAAAAUCUUAAACAGGGAUCUUCCUAUCCUCCUCUGUUUUCCUUUGCUUUACUCUUCUACUUUAGAAUAUUUUCUUAAAAAUCAUUCAAAGGACUGUGAGGAAAGGCUGUGGUACCUGACCUUGUCAAAAUCAAGGCCCCAGCACUGUACUACAGUCCUGUUUACAGAUUACUACAGUGAAUUGAAUGGGUACCAAGGCUUCACCAAAGAGGUACUUUUUUGUUGUCGUUGUCGUCGUUGUUUUAAGACUAAUUAUGCCAAUAUUGAGAACAUUUCCCUACCUGUCCCCCACACACAAACAAAACAAAAUGUGGUGUUGCCUUCAAAAAAGAUAAGUUUUGUGUCAUUAACAUAAUGGAAGAACUUUUUAAAAAAGUUUAACUGUCAAGUGUACUAUAUACAUUUAGGAGACUGUUACUCUACGCUAGAUUGUCAUAUCCCCUCCUCCCACAAAGGUGUACUGGUAAUCCGUGUCCUGGCUCACAGCUGUCCCUCUAAUGACAUUACGGAGAUGUAGGCACCCAAUGUGAAAAGGAGCAUUCGCUGGGCAUCACUGACACCAUUUGUGUUUUACUAAUAAUCAAGUACUCAGCAUACCUAGAAUUACCGUGCAUUGCCUAAAUCAUGUGUAUAUAGUGAAUGUUAUGUGAUGUACCUAGCAGGUCUGUUUUAAUUUAAUUAAAUAAAGAUACAAAUACUUUG